AUGGCUAAUAUUUCAGAAGCUGAAAGCGGCCUUGCAUCCGUCGACGACGGGUCUCCCUCGUCUCGAGACGCUACCGAGGAAGAGAUUGCAUCUAUGAGGCAUGUCGUUGAUAACAUACCGCAAAAAGUCUGGGUUUCCUUACUGAAUGCACCAGGUGAUAGUGCUGUUCCAGGUGCUCUUGGACUUGGACAGUCUCGAGCGACUAUCGUCUUCAAUGCUUUCUACUUAUUCUCUUACUUUGUACCAGUCCCGUUUGCCAUUGCAUCGGACACUUGGCUGGGGCGAUACACCGUUCUCUGUAUCAGCUUGAGCUUGUAUUUUUGUGGUACACUUGUGCAGUUCAUAACGUCUCUACCCUCUCUUUUCAGCCAGGAAUCAGGCAUGGUGGGAUUUGCAAUCAUGAUGGUCUUGAUAGGUCUUGGUGUUGGGCGUACAAAGGCAGCAAUCACACCCUUCAUCGGAGAUCAAUACCCGGUCAAGCUUCCACAAAUCAAGACCUUGCCGACUGGAGAACGCGUGAUCAUAGAUCGAACUUUGACCUUACAAUAUGUGUACAAUGUCUACUACUGGAUCACCAAUAUAGCCGCCCUUUCUAUUCUUGCGUCAACUUAUCUUGAGAAAGAACGUGAGAGGUUUCCAGCUCAAGGCGGUGUCUUGCUGAAAGCCGGGAAGGUUCUCGGAUAUGCUAUUCAAGAUAGGUUUAAAAUCGAUGCCGCGCGGCCACGCUGGCAAUAUGAAAAGCACAACCGGGUAGUCCCAUGGACGGAUCGUUUCGUUACAGAGAUCAAGAGUGGUCUGUGUGCAUGCCAAGUAAUGCUUUGGUUCGUCUUGUUUCAUCUUGGCAUCAACCAGAUGACCAACAACCUGGUUUCACAAGCAGGUGAAAUGGAGCUCACAGGCUUUCCCAACGACGGUAUUCAGAUUCUGAACCCAAUCGCCUGCGUUAUACUCGGUCCAAUCAUCCAGAAAGUACUUUACCCAACUCUUGCGAGAUAUCACAUCCCCUUUGGUCCACUCAUGCGCAUGGCCAUGGCUUCCUUUACGAUGGCAGCCACGUUUGCCUAUGCAGCCGGUGUGAAGAAGAUGAUCUAUAACUCUGGUCCCUGCUACGACGCUCCGUUGGCGUGUCCUGCCGCAGAGAGAGCCGGACAGACCCAUCUGCCCAAUACGAUCAAGGUCUGGGUGCAAACGCCGGUCUACGUUAUCCUAGCCGUGUCCGAAAUCUUCGGCUUUGUCACGCUUAGCGAGUAUAGCUACAGCAAGGCACCUAAGGAUAUGCGCACUGUGGUUCAAUCGAUGCGACAGCUCAGUGCUGGCGUUGGAAGCGCUAUCGGUAUAGCCCUCGGUUCAGUUUCACAGGAUCCCAAAGUAUUGUGGAUGUAUGUCGGGCUGGCAGUAAGUUUAGGGUUGGCAGGUGUGGUGUUUUGGGUGCUCAUGGGUCACCUUGAGAAAGAUAAUGAAGAUGUGAACACGAUGUUUCUAAACGAAGACGAAAGUGCUAGGGGCCAAACCGAGGACCGCAUCGUGGCUGCGGUGCGCAGCUAUGACAAACCUAUCCAUGCGCUAGUGACGGUCAACAAUGCUGGCGCAAUCGGUACCGCACGAGCUUGUCAGAUAUUGGGGUUCCGCUCUGCGCCACCAAAGUCAUAUAUCAUUGCUGGAGACAAAUUCAAAACGCGGGAGAUGGAAACCGACAGUGGAGGGGCAUUCAAGGUCUUUAAUCUAGACGAGCUACACGCACGAUUGUUGUCCAAAACCCAUCCGCCCAUUGAAUACCCUGUGAUUGUGAAACCCUGUAUGGGGUGGGGUAGUGAAUGCGUUUUGAAAGUGCAGACCGAAGGCGAACUCAUCCAAGCAUAUAUUGAGGGACCCGAGGUUGAUGCCAAUUUCAUCCUUAUUGAUGGAGAUGUCACCUUCUUCGAGGUUGCGGACGACUUUCCCAAGACUGGCGACAAUGCGGAAAACCCGUUGGAUGCGUCCUUUGUGGAGACAUCUAUGGUUCUUCCUACAGGACUCUCUCCAAAAGAGAUUCAAGUCACGAAGGAUUCACUCCAUCAAGCCCUUCUGAGACAAGGUUUCCACACCGGUGUCUUUCACUGCGAGGGGCGAAUUCGAUAUGCAUCCAAGGAGUACGAUACGCGCGAUGGCCUUGUCGACUUGUAUCCAGGCCGUCAGCUAGCCGGUAACAAGGAACCUUCCUUCUACCUGCACGAGAUCAAUGCUCGGCCGGGUGGUUACUUCGUGAGUAGCGCUACGUUGUUAACGUACGGUGUUGACUACUACGCCAAUCAUAUACUUGCCGCUUUCGGCGACCUUGAUCGAUGCCGUGCGUUAAGCGUACCUUUCUCCCAUGGUCCUCAAUGGUGGCUCCAGGUGAUCAUCAUUCAGGAGGACAAAAUUGGUGUGAUGAAAACCCCGGACGCCGGCAAAGAGACGCUGGAACGGCAUGCGGAUCUACAUCAGGCCGUAGUAGAUUACAGGACGGCGAAGAAAAAGGGCGAUAAGCUACUUGGGCCGAGGGCUAAUAUUUUCAGCUACCUGGCAUACUUUUCUGUGAUGAGUAGGAAGAGCAGAGAGGACUGCCUUAGGUUGGGAGAGAAAGUACGAAGGAGUUUCACUUACGAGAUUGAGUGA